AUGUACCUCACAGCUACAAGACCGGAUAUUGCAUAUUCUGUAAGUUUGAUAAGUUGCUUUAUGGAAGAGCCAAAUGAGAGUCAUUACUUGGCAGCAAAGCGAAUUUUGAGAUAUCUACAAGGCACCCAAAAUCUGGGAAUUUUCUAUAAGGCUGGAGAAAAUGAAGAAUUAAUUGCUUAUACCGAAAGUGAUUAUGCAGGAGACCUUGAUGACAGGAAGAACACUUCGGGCUAUGCUUUCUUGCUGGGAGGAGGUGUUAUUUCUUGGGUGUCGAAGAAGCAGCCGGUUGUUAGCUUAUCCACAACAGAAGAAGUAGAGUUUAUAGCAGCCGCGUUAUGUGCUUGUCAAUGUGUUUGGCUGAGAAGAAUUUUGGAACAUCUAAGUCAUUGUCAAGAAGGAGCUACUGUGGUGUUUUGUGACAAUGUCUCAACAAUUAAAUUAUCCAAAAAUCCAGUUUUGCAUGGAAGAAGUAAAUAUAUUGAUGUUCAGUUUCAUUUUUUGAGAAAUUUAUGUAAUGAUGGUGUUAUUGAGCACUAUUGCAAUACAAGAGAUCAGUUAGCAGACAUCAUGACAAAGCCACUUAAAGUUGAAGAAUUCCAACCUAUGUUAAGUGCUCUAGGAAUGCUUGAUGAGUAUGAGAUAAACUGUUGCAAGGAGCAUACAGUUUAA